AUGGUAUCAGACAGACAUGCCCUCCUUGGAGGAAGUGCUGCAGGGUUUGUGGUUGACAUUGCACUGUUCCCCAUCGACACAAUCAAGACAAGGAUGCAGUCUAAACAGGGGCUCAGAUCACUUGGUUUGUCAGACCUUCACAAACUGAAAGGCGUUGGAGCAGCAGCAGUAGGAAGUAUGCCUGGAUCAGCCCUCUUCUUCCUUACGUACGAGCAUGUUAAGAGGAUGAAUCCUGGUGGUGGAAUUACACAACACAUGAUAGCAUCAAGUCUGGGUGAAAUUGUGGCGUGUUUCGUUCGGGUUCCCACUGAGGUGGUGAAACAAAGAGUACAAGCUAAGUUAGCAAGCAGCUCAUGGGCAGGAUUACGAGAUACCAUCGCUCACUCUGGGCUCAGAGGACUCUAUGUGGGAUACGGGACUACAGUUAUGAGGGAGAUUCCCUUUGCUGCGAUUCAGUACCCUAUAUGGGAGAAGCUGAGAGCGGCCUAUAACCCUGAAGGAAGUGGAUGGAAAUCAGGAGUGUUUGGUAGCAUUGCUGGAGCUAUCGCGGGUGGGGUGACGACUCCGAUCGAUGUUGUGAAGACCCGUAUAAUGUUAUCUACAACCAAUGAGGGGGCAGUCACAGUAAUCAAACAGCUCCAUUCAGAGGGGUUGUCUGCAUUUUUUAAGGGAUUCUCUGCUCGAAUAGGAUGGUUAUCUAUAGGAGGAUUUGUUUAUUUAGGAACUUAUCAAACAGUUAUAGAAUUAUUUACUUGAUUUAGUUAUUGAAAUUAGGCUUAAUUUAUUAUGUAAAUUAUUUUAUAUACUAACUAAAUGAUAGCGUACAUUUACGGAAACUGUCCUCCCUUCACUGUGUUAGCUUUUAAGGUAUUCUAUUACAUCCAGGGUAAACAUAUGUUUUAUCUCUUAAUUUAUUACAUUUUUACUAUUAUUUAGGCAGUUUCUGUAUCGUAACUUAUUAUCAUUACAUGUGUUUGUAUACUUUCCCUUUAACAACAACGAAAUCUUGAAUCUCAGGUU